UCCUCUCGGCCCCGACCGCUGCGUGACGCAAGAGAGAGAGACCGACAGAGACAGCCAUUCUCGGCUUGCAUUGGCCCCCGUUCUCAACCAACGGCGAACCCGACUGCCAUCGCCACCCACGGCCUCCAAGACGACCGCCUUGGCCUCGGACGCUUCUCGUAUCCCACCGCGAUCAGAACCCUAGAUAUUUCCCGGCCCAUCACUCAUGACGCCCGUGCUUCCGUCACUAUAAACCUUAGUGGCGCCGCUUCAGCUGGAAUUGUCAAUCCUCAGCCAGCAACUGCACAGAUACAAGCCGACAUCAUGGAGGCACCUUCGAGAUACAGGGAGCCUGCGGGUCUUCCCAGCAUAUUUAUAGACUCAAACCCAAGAGACUCAAACCGCUUCGACUCUAGCAGUUACUCCUCCUCUGUCGCCAUCCCAGGUUCCGGAGACAGAAUCAACGCACCGCCGCCCUUACCACCACCACGACUUCCCUUUGACGAUCCUCACAUGCAUCACCAGGAGCCCAGACAACACUACCGCGAUCCCUCAUCAUACAGCCCUAGAGAACAUAGUUACCACGACAGCUUGGGAAGUUUGGAUGACAGGCCACACUACAUGAGGUCCGGUUACAGGCACGAUGAGGGUUAUGCCAGCAUGGGUUCGUCUUCAGCUUCGGCUUCCACAAGAUCUGAAUGUUCCUUGCCGAGCAUCUCGGCCGGGUUUGGUCUGCACCACAACCAGUUCCAGUUCCAGUCUGGCGCCGACGCUUUCACCGACAUGAAGAAGAAGCUCGCUCCCCUAAAGACGUUCGAUAACAAGCCGCCUGGCUCACUCCUCAGUGCGUCAAGCACAUCAUCAACUAGCGACCCUUUCUCGAGGAGGCUUUCUGGCGACAUGCGGGUACCGCCGCUCUCCGUGCCCACCAGUCUUCCGUUGCACCUCAAGACGUCAAACCUACUAGACUCUCCCGACAGAUACACGCAGACUCCUCACUCUGCCCUCUCACCUUCCCCUAGGAGCCAGCCAUUCCAUCUCGGCCAGGACUAUAGGUCACCUCGGUCCGUCUCCGACCUCGACAGGUCACCGCCUACUCGCACCAGAAGGAAUAACAGCGACGAUGCAUCAUCGCACAGCUACGAAGUGGAGGAGAUGGAAAUGGAGGAGACCAAUUCUAUGAAGAGAUUGCGGAUAGAGGAUCCCAUGAGAGCACACUACGAUGGUGCUGGGGCGAAGCGCCGUGCAUCCGCUGAUCCCGACGACAGCGUACCACUUGGUUUCACCACCCAGAGUGACUUGCUACGCCGUCGCGAUGGAAACCAAAGAGGAUCCCCCACGCCUCGACUGAGUGUCAUCCCUCAAGGAUCAAUCUCUUCGCCAUCCGGUCGCGCAGGGUCUUACAGCUCUAACCUAUCACUACUCACCGGGAGCAUUACCAGCAUGGGCUCGUCGUCGUUUGGCCGAGUCUCUCCAGGGGGCCUUUCCCCAGGUGGAAUUUCGCCCGGCGGAACCGACCCCAGCUGCAGCUCUCCCUACAGUGCAUCAAUGUCGCUCAACCCCUCGCCUCGCGGUUCCCUUUCCAGGGCACCCCACCAGCGGACCAUUAGCGAAAGCCGGCCUCUCGCUUCUCCCCGCAAGCUUACGGAGGUGAGCAAGCCUGGUGGAACCAAAAUUUCGGGAUUCUUCAUGUGCGAUUGUUGCCCGAAGAAACCCAAGAAAUUUGAGUCGGCUGAGGAGUUGGCGUCUCAUGAAGCCGAGAAGCAGUAUGAAUGUUCUUUCUGCGGAAAUCGAUUCAAGAACAAGAAUGAGGCCGAACGCCACCAGAAUAGUCUUCAUGUUCGCAGACACAGCUGGAGUUGCUCAGCCCUGAAUGGCUAUGAUCGUGCGUUCCACGACAGUACCAAUCGCCCCGGUGAAGCAGACUCUUGUGGCUACUGUGGUGAGGAGUUUCCUAGAAACGGGAGAGGCCCUGGUGCUUCCGCACCGCGACACGCUACCGACCAGGAUUGGGAAGAGCGCAUUCGCCAUCUCCAAGAAGUACACAAGUUCAGGGAGUGCAACAGCAGCAAGAAGUUUUUCCGCGCAGAUCACUUUCGGCAGCAUCUUAAGCAUAGCCACGCAGGCACAAGCGGCAAAUGGACGAACAUGCUGGAAAAUGCUUGCAUGCUGGAUGAAGAUCCUACUCCGAGAUGA